GAAGCCGGCUUUGGAGAGCUGCUGUGGCGGCGGCAACAUGGCGGACGUGAUAAAUGUCAGUGUGAACCUGGAGGCCUUUUCCCAGGCCAUUAGUGCCAUCCAGGCGCUGCGCUCCAGCGUGAGCAGGGUGUUCGACUGCCUGAAGGAUGGGAUGCGGAACAAGGAGACGCUGGAGGGCCGGGAGAAGGCUUUUAUUGCGCACUUCCAGGACAACUUACAUUCGGUCAACCGGGACCUCAAUGAGCUGGAACGUCUGAGCAAUCUGGUAGGCAAGCCAUCUGAGAACCAUCCUCUUCAUAACAGUGGGCUGUUAAGCCUGGAUCCUGUGCAGGACAAAACUCCUCUCUAUAGUCAACUCCUUCAAGCAUAUAAGUGGUCAAACAAGUUGCAGUACCAUGCAGGACUAGCAUCUGGCCUUUUAAAUCAGCAGUCGUUGAAGCGUUCCGCUAAUCAGAUGGGAGUAUCUGCCAAACGUAGACCAAAGGCUCAGCCCACAACUCUUGUCCUACCACCUCAAUAUGUUGAUGAUGUGAUCAGCCGCAUUGACAGGAUGUUUCCUGAAAUGUCCAUCCACUUAUCCAGACCCAAUGGAACAUCAGCAAUGCUUCUGGUGACCUUGGGAAAGGUGUUGAAAGUGAUCGUCGUCAUGCGGAGCCUGUUCAUCGAUCGAACAAUAGUAAAGGGAUAUAACGAGAAUGUCUACACAGAAGAUGGCAAGCUUGAUAUAUGGUCCAAAUCCAACUAUCAAGUAUUCCAGAAGGUGACAGACCAUGCCACCACUGCCCUGCUCCACUAUCAGCUGCCCCAGAUGCCGGAUGUCGUGGUCCGAUCCUUCAUGACCUGGUUAAGAAGUUACAUAAAGCUGUUCCAGGCCCCGUGCCAGCGCUGCGGGAAGUUUCUGCAGGACGGCCUUCCCCCGACGUGGAGGGAUUUCCGAACCCUCGAAGCCUUCCAUGACACCUGCCGGCAGUAGCCCCUACGCUGGCCCUAGCCUCAGACCCCCCUCCAGCACUUUCCCAGACAUGCAGGCAGCCCACAGAAGGCUCAGCUGGUUCCUCACCGCCCAGAUGUGUACAGCUGCUCCUCCCUUUCAUAACACAGUGCCGUGUGUGCUGAGGCCACUCUUGAAGAGCAGACCCCCUCUGUGGCUGAUGGGACUAAUUAUUCCCACUGGUCAGUGGACUGAAGGCAAAGAAGACUUUUCUAGAACCUGGUAGAAGGAAGCUGUGCAGCAUGCUCCUCAUCCGUGUGUGCCAGCAGUGCUGGUGUCUGUCGUCUCCGCGAGCUGUUACUGGAAUGAGCCCUUGUGUUCGUGGGUAUCGUCAUGCGGGGUUCUUGCGUUUUGUGGGGCUUGGGGUUUGGUAACUUAUUUUUAUAAGCAAUAAACCUUUUGUACCC